AUGCCACUGGAUGUUGAAAGUCGUGCUCCUAAAGUUGCAUCCGAAGUCUAUUAUAAAACCGUAGGUGUUUUAGGUAGUCUCGAUUCGGCUCUCAAAUUAUCGUCGGAAUCAGAUAUUCAUACUAAAAGUUUAAGCAGAAUCGAUUCAGAUCCUAAUAUUACAUUGAAAGACAUCACAAAUGAAUGUUAUCAUAUUAUAGAUCUUGAAAAUGAUACAGAAACAAUCAAACAUCCAAGACCCAAUUCUUUUGAUUUGAUGAAAAUUUCUCAUUCAGAUGACGCUAUUAAUGUUGUAAAUCAUGAUUCGCAAGAACUUCCUCGCCUAAAUCGAAUCUAUGAGGUCCAUGAUUCUAAUUGA